UCAAGUAAUCUUAAAAAGCUUGCCGUCAAGCUCGGCACAGAUGGGCCGGUCAAAGUCCUUCAUACGCCACGAAUGAUCAAGAUUCUGUUCAACGGAACGUAUAUUCUCCAGACAACACAAGCCCACUAUGUCUGGGAGCAUCCUUUCUACCCGCAGUUCUACGUCCCAAGGUCUGAGCUCCAAAGCAGCACCAGACAAACCGGCCUCAAGAUCACGGAGAACGACACCGUCACCACCGACAACGGCAAACAAGUAGCCCACCUCUGGUCCCUCGCCGUCGGUAACAAAUCAACAGACAACGUCAUCGCCUUCUCCGACGACCUCACAGGCAAUGCCGAGCAACUCAAAGGCCUUGUCAAGAUCGACUUCGCAUCGAUGGACCAAUGGUUCGAAGAAGACACGCCCAUCCAUGUCCACCCCAAGGACCCAUUCAAGCGCGUCGACAUCCUGCAAUCGCGCCGUCACAUUCGUGUCUCGGUCGGUGGCAAAGUGGUAGCCGACACGACCACCUCGAUGCAUCUGUACGAGACCGGACUGCCAUGCAGAUACUACAUCCCGCUUACAGCCGUCGAUCCGACGGUGCUUCGACCGAGCAAGACUCGCACGCAAUGUCCGUAUAAGGGUGAAGCGGAGUACUAUUCGGUCGAGGUCGAUGGUGAGCUGCAUGAAGACAUUAUCUGGUACUAUAACCGGCCUACCUUGGAGUGCGGGCUCAUAGUUGGCCUCGUUUGUUUCUAUAACGAAAAGGUCGACAUCGAGCUGGACGGACAAAAA